UGCAAUUCAAAAAGCUUGGUGUGGUUUGAUUGGGGCACUGGUUUCCCUAUUGAGUUGUUCGCUAAUUCUCAAGUCUUUUAAGUAAAUCUGGGGACUCGAAAUCGUGUGCUUUCUUUCAGUUUGGUCGAGUCGGGUGUAUUUGAGGCAGCAUCAGGGGACUCGAAAACGACAACAACUUUGUCAAGAAACCUGCGACACCAUGAGACCUCGGAAAACAUCGAUCCACGCCAUCGCCGCAUGGGUGAGGCGACAACCCCCAAAGGUGAAGGCUUUUCUCGCCGUAGUUUCCGGCAUGGCGGCUCUCGUCCUUCUUCGCUUCAUUGUUCACGAUCACGACAACCUCUUCGUCGCAGCUGAGGCUGUCCACUCCCUCGGAAUUUCCGUCCUCAUCUAUAAGCUCAUGAAGGAGAAGACUUGUGCCGGCUUAUCACUCAAAUCCCAGGAGCUAACAGCUAUGUUUUUAGCUGUUAGGCUGUACUGCAGUUUUGUCAUGGAAUAUGACAUACACACCCUACUUGAUUUAUCUACUUUCGCAACAACACUGUGGGUUAUUUACAUGAUUCGUUUUAAACUGAAGGCUAGUUACAUGGAGGAGAAGGAUAACUUUGCAAUAUACUAUGUGGUGAUACCUUGUGCCGUGUUAGCCUUGCUUAUUCAUCCAUCAACUUCUCAUCAUAUAUUGAACAGGAUUUUUUGGGGAUUCUGUGUAUACCUGGAAGCUGUUUCAGUGCUACCCCAACUGCGGGUUAUGCAAAACACCAAAAUUGUUGAGCCAUUCACAGCUCAUUAUGUAUUUGCUCUGGGUGUCGCAAGAUUCUUGAGCUGUGCUCAUUGGGUUCUUCAGGUGUUAGAUACCCGUGGACAUUUGUUGGUUGCCUUGGGAUAUGGUUUAUGGCCGUCAAUGGUUCUUAUCUCAGAAAUUGUCCAGACCUUCAUCUUAGCAGAUUUCUGUUACUAUUAUGUCAAAAGUGUUUUCGGGGGACAGCUUGUGCUACGUCUUCCCUCUGGUGUGGUGUGAUUGAAGAUCUGCUCUGGUGCACUCUCACAUUUAAAUUUAACUUAAUCAGGCAUUAUGGUCGGUUACCCGUGUUAGAGUACAUUGUGUGUUGACACACUUGUUUGGUUCCUUGGUGGAAGCUGGUUCUGUGUAAAGUUGGGAAUGAAGGAAAACUAGAUAUAUUUAUGUUUGAAGGACGGUAUUUAUAGUUGGAAAAAGUCUUUAUUUACUUAUUGACAAAAAAAAAGUAUAUUAGUUUCUUAGGCUAUUGGAAUUCAGUUCUUGUUAUAGCUUUUAAC